AUGUCUUCAUUCAUCAACGAAGCGGCGUGGAUUGCCUCCGCCAAAUCAAAGCCGCUACAGGUUGGCCCUGCGCCAGCACCAAUGCCAGAAGAAAAUGAAGUUGUCAUCAAAGUCGCCUACGCCGCUGUCAAUCCUGUGGACUGGAAGCUGCAAGAAGAAGCCAGCUUCGAGCUAAAAUAUCCCUUCAUCCUCGGGACCGAUGUCGCGGGCACCAUUGUUCAACUGGGCUCCGGCGUUACUCGAUUAAAGCUCGGACAAAGAGUUAUUGGUCACUGCGAUGGCUUUGUGUCAGGAAAAGCAUCCAACUGCGCAUUCCAACUAUACACUACUUGUCGCGAAAUCUUAGUUGCAGCCGUACCGAAUUCUCUGCCGUUGGCUAAUGCCGUCGUCCUCCCAAUCUCUAUCAGCACGGCUUCCAGUGCUCUUUUUGUCCAGCUCAAGGCGCCGCUGCCCUCAUUAAACUCUCAAUCCACAGGGAAAAAAGUCCUCAUAUGGGGAGGUAGCUCCUCUGUCGGAAGCUCCGCCAUCCAACUUGCACGCGCUUCUGGUCUUGAAGUUAUAACGACCGCUCGCAGUGCAAACCAUGCUCUUGUCAAGCAACUCGGGGCAACCGACGUAUUUGAUCACAAAAAUACCGAUACAGUUGAUAAGAUCUCGAACAUUCUUAGACCGGGUGAUUUAGUUGUCGACUGUAUCAGCAGUGAGGACACCCAGGUUAAAUGUGGAGAGAUUUUGUCGCGGACUGGCGGCGGAAAACUAGCAAUUUUGGGUUUUCCCAAGGGAUCGGUCCACGAAAGUGUGGAACGAGUAUUUGUGAACGGUCUAGCUCCGGGGUUCACGAAUCCUGAAGUCGGGGACGCAGUUUGGCGUCAAUACAUCCCAUCAGCCCUCGCCAACGGAAAGUUUCAGGCAAAGCCAGAUCCUAUAAUUGUGAAAGGUGGUCUCAGUAAAUUACAGGAAGGUAUAGAUCUUCUUAGGGGAGGUGUCUCGGCGAAGAAGGUGGUUGUUGAAAUUGCACAGGAAUAG